CUUCAAGAUGGUUCUGUCGUGGAUCUCCAGACUUUUCUCACCAACGUUCGCUUGGCCCCAUCGUGUACUCCACUCAGUACCAUUGGCAUCUUCUCUGCCAGCAGUACCCCAGCUUUGGCCUCGCCAUGUCCGUCGAAUGACUGGCUGUCUUCACGCGCUUCUACGCCGCUUCUCUAUUGUGUAUUGCGGCUGGUACGGCAUCCAGUACGACCACUAUAUGGUGCAGCUCCCCUUCGGACUGAUAUUGAAAUGGACCACCCGAACGCGACUGGAGGAAGUCGUUGCUACGAAACUAGCAAGGUCCGCGGGGUUUCCAGUCCCACUGAUCAUAUCCUAUGGCGAGCACGAACCAGUGCCCGGCUUACCUCCCACGCGUGUGUCAAUUCUUAUGACCCGUCUACCUGGAGCCGCAUUAGGCGACGUCCACAAAGAGCUACCCCCAGAACAGCUACAAACCAUCUGUAGCGAAUUGCGGACGAUGCUAGAAACCAUGAGAGAGUGGAAGCACCCUCAAGGAGGCCAGCGUGUCUGUUCAAUCUCCGGCACUUCUAUAGUAAGCGCCCGCGUACCGGAUCAUAUAAUCGGACCCUGCGAAUCAGAGUCAGACUUCAAUAAACAACUGCUUGCUCCCGCGAGACCAGGUCGCAAAAAUUCCAAGGAAAAGUUUGCCCGCGUAAAGAAACUCCACGCCAUGCAGCACUCCAUCGUCUUCACCCACGGCGACUUGAAACACCAUAAUCUCCUUGUGCACGACGGGCAUGUGCCCGGCUUCAUCGACUGGGAGUCUGCCGGUUGGUGCCCCGAGUACUGGGAGUUCACUACCGCGCUGAAAUUCUGCUCGGAAGACUUCUGGUGGUACGACUUCAAUAUGAAGCUGGGCGCGUCGCGGUACAUGGAAGAGUUGGAGUAUGAGAGGGCGCUUACCGGGUUGACUUCUGGCUCAUACUCUUUCCUCUACUGA